UUGGUAGGUGAGACUAGAAAAUAACCAAUAUAAACCCAUUUCAUUUGACCCUCUUUAUUCUUCACUAUCCUAUCUUCUCUGUUUUUCCUCUGUUUUCAUCUCAACUUAAGCUCAAUAAUGGGAUCAAGCUCCGACCCGACAACCCAAAUGGGUGAAGACGAGGCAUGCUCAUUCGCCAUGACGAUUACAAGCGGGUCGGUCCCACCCAUGGUUUUAAAAGCAGUGAUUGAGCUUGAUGUGCUUGAAAUCAUCAAGCGGGCUGGGCCGGGUGCCCAUCUAUCACCUGCUGAGAUUGCAGCCCAAUUACCCACCAAGAAUCCGGAUGCUGCAACCAUGCUGGAUCGGAUGCUUAGGCUUUUAGCUAGCUAUUCUAUCCUGUCUUACUCACUUCAGACCCGGCCUGAUGGGCGGGUUGAAAGGCUAUAUGGACUUGCCCCGGUUUCCCAGUUCUUGACCAAGAAUGAUGAUGGUGUUACUUUGAGUGCUCUUGCCCUUAUGAACCAGGAUAAGGUUCUUAUGGAAAGCUGGUACCACUUAAAAGAUGCAGUUCUUGAUGGAGGAAUUCCAUUUAACAAAGCCUAUGGCAUGACUGCAUUUGAUUACCAUGGAACAGAUCCUAGAUUCAACAAAAUUUUCAACAAUGGAAUGUCCAACCACUCAACUAUUACAAUGAAGAGAAUCCUUGACACAUACAAAGGUUUUGAAGGUUUAUCAACUUUGGUUGAUGUUGGAGGUGGCAUUGGUGCUACUCUUAACAUGAUUAUCUCUAAACAACCUACAAUUAAGGGCAUCAACUUUGACUUACCUCAUGUUAUUGAAGAUGCACCAACUUUUCAUGGAGUGGAGCACGUUGGAGGAGACAUGUUUGUUAGCAUACCAAAAGGGGAUGCUAUGUUCAUGAAGUGGAUUUGCCAUGAUUGGAGUGACGAGCAUUGCCUUAAGUUCUUGAAAAAUUGCUACGCUUCCUUGCCCGACCACGGCAAAGUGAUUGUGUGCGAGUACAUACUCCCAGUGGCACCGGAAACCAACCAUGCGGCGAGGACAGUGUUCCAUGUCGAUGCCAUAAUGUUGGCUCACAACCCAGGCGGUAAAGAAAGGACUGAGCAAGAAUUUGAGGGUUUGGCCAAAGGAGCCGGAUUUGAAGGCUUUAGAGUUGCAUGCUCAGCUUAUGAUACUAAGGUCAUGGAAUUUUUGAAAAAGAUUGCUAAUUAGGUAUUAUAUAUCAUAAAAUUUUACCACCUUUAUGUUUGUGGCCUUAUGAUAUUGUAUACACAUGAUUGUAAUCAUCUUCUUAGAAGAUGGCUUUCUAUUUUACAUAAUAAUAAAAUUAUGUUCUAAUUAAGCUUGCGUUUUAGUUGAUAAACAAUCAAAACCUUUGUAUCAGUAAUAGUUGUAUUAACAAGUAUUAGUAUAGUAAUUACUAGUAUAGUACUGCUAUUACUAUAA